UCAUCCAAGUCACAUCAAAACAUUACCGCAGUAAAUUGGUUGUUACGUGAAGGAACCUAUAAACUGACCAACUUGCGUGAAAUCGUGUAUGAAAACGUGCUCGUAGCCGGCGCUUGCUGAUAUCCGUCCCACCGCCAGCCAUUCGUAAUGCCGAUGAGCACAAACCAUUAACGCACAUUCGUAGGAUAAGCGAUAAAAAAACACCACAGAAUGGCACUGCUUGGUGCACAACUGGUCAUCACGCUGAUCAUGGUCAGCGUGAUUCAAAAGCUGAGUCCACACUUUUCGCUCGCAAAGUGGAUCCUUUGCUCCACCGGGCUAACGCGCUACCUGCAUCCGACGGACGACGAGCUGCGGAAGCUGUCCGGGGUGCCGCGGGAAAAGGGCAAGGGGAAAAAGGACAAACGCAACGGGCAUCAGGCGAAUGGCGAGCGGUCGUCGACAUUCCACAUUCCUCGCAGCCUGGACAUACGGCUGGACACGCUUCCCAUCUCGCCGUACGAUAUUGUGCAUUUACGCUUCUACACCGAGUACCAGUGGCUAGUCGAUUUUAGCUUGUACUCCGCCAUCGUGUACACUGUUUCCGAGGUUUAUCAUUUCUUCUAUCCGUUAAAGGAAGAGGUCAAUUUGAGCAUGCUCUGGUGCCUUCUGGUUGUGUUUUUCGCAUUCAAACUGCUUGCCUCUCUCACAGUGCAGUACUUCAAGAGCGAGGAAUCUAUUGGUGAAAGAUCCACCUGUAUCGUGACGGGACUGGCCUACCUACUGAUCGCGAUGAUCAUUCUGAUCGUACCAGAGCACACGCUAGAAGUCGGCCUAGAUAAAGCAUAUCAUAGCUUCAACACAAGCGCUUCGAGCUUCCUCGAGGGACAGGGGCUUAAUUCCUCUGGUCCUGCUUCCAAGAUCGUGGUAAAGUUCUUCAUCGCAGUGAGUUGUGGCAUCCUAGGGGCGCUCUUUACCUUCCCCGGACUGAGAAUGGCACGCAUGCACUGGGAUUCGCUGAGAUUUUGCCAAGAUCGUCUCUGGUUGAAGCUGCUGCUGAACGUUAGCUUCGCAAUGCCUUUCCUGUUGGUAGUCUUGUGGAUUAAACCGCUCGCACGAGAUUACCUCACCGGGCGUGUUUUCUCGGGCAUGAGCUCACCGAUCCUCUCGGUGGAAGCGUUCGAAACGAUGCGCCUCGGUGCGGUGGUGUUUGCGGUUGUGUUGCGCUUCCUCCUAAUGCCCGUCUACCUGCAAGCCUACCUCAACCUAGCGUACGAUCGUGUCGAGGAGCAAAAGAAGGAAGCGGGCCGCAUCACGAACGUCGAGCUGCAGAAGAAAAUUUCCUCCAUCUUCUACUACCUGUGCGUCGUGACGCUUCAGUACGUGGCGCCCAUUCUGAUGUGCUUGUUCUUCGCGCUCAUGUACAAAACGCUCGGCGAGUACACGUGGAGCGGUGUGCUGAAAGAGUCGCUACCGCUGGACGAGUGCUCCGCCGACCUGGAGUACGAACGGGCGAUGCUGGCAACGGUGGCCAGCGAGCCAGGAGCGGCUGUUGAUGCGCUCGACUUCCAAGACAUCACGCCGGAGGGCGAGGGGGAACAGCAGGUGCCGGUAGAGGACAACAUACUCACCACCGCGCAGAGCUUCCAGCUGUCGCUGCAAAGUCUCAAGUCGGUCUUCACCAAAGACGUGUACCGUGGGCUGUUUGGCUUUGCCACGUGGUGGAGCUGCUUCAUCUGGUUCGCGGCCAGCUCACUCGGUAUGGUGUAUCAGUCGUACUUUACGAAAUCGUGAGCUAGACCUUACCCUCCAAACGCCCUCCACGGCCAUUGUCCACCGAGCUCUGGUACAGAUGUCGCGAUGUACAUAAUAGCAAGCAAUCAUCUAUCGAUCGUUUAGUCGUCGCUUCAUUUCCGCUGACUCCGUACGAUGAAGAGGGCCGGCAUUUUCGUUGCACCAUCCAACGCAACGCAAUCGUCAAUCAGCUACUAGUUUUAACUUUUCUCCUUUGCGCGUAAUGUUUGGCUUUGUGUUUGCGAUUAUGCCUUAAUGCGAUACCGGUCGCGUAAUUUUGUUGUGGUUUUCGUUUAUUUGUUUGUAGAUUUAUUAUUUACGUUUUCGUGUUCGCUUCGGUCUAAGUGAAUGAAACAAGAAAGUCAUUAGAGUAGAGAACAUUUCACAGGAACUGUCAAUAAAAACCAUUUUACUCUAAACACA